ACUCGAAAGAGGAAAUGCAACUUGGGCGGCCCAUCCCGUCGGCCGAGCUGGGGAUUCAUUCCUCGCGGCUGCCCGAUGAGGUGCCUGCACGGCAGUGACCCGGGAAGGGAUGCAGGGAUGCAGGUGGCGGGCUCUAGACCUCAUCCUGGGGGAGAUAUCCCUCACGCGGACGAGGAAAACGCGACCAAACGCGAUGAAGGAGAAUGGAUAUAAAGAUGAUAUGCCUCCCCAAGCAAUCGAAUAUAUCCCUUCCUUCACUCAGUUGAAGCAGCAGCAUCCCUUGAGCCGUGCAUCUCCAUCGCAUCAUAUCCAUCCCAAGAUCCGCUCGAUUCCCUCCGGAAACAACCACAGCUGAAACAAUUUCCUUCCGAAGCAUCCAAGGCAGAACCUUUCGAGAAACAAUGUCUUCCCCAACCAAGCCCACGCCUUCUGCCCCCACGGCCCCUUCAUCGAGCGCCUCUUCGGGUGCCGGCGCCCUUAACAACGUGCCGCGCUUUGGUGGACAGAACGAUGACAGGGAGAGGGACAACAAGCUCACUAGCCAUCAUCACCUCCCCAUGCCGGGCCUCAGCGGUAACCCAAACGGGGCAGUGGGCAAUCUACUUCGUGGAGCUGUUGAUGCCAAGGGCGAUUUGAAGGAUGCCGCACUUCAAGUUGGCAUUAAAUUGGACUUGGAAGCAGAAGUCCACCUUACCGCCCGUGUUCGCGGAGAUAUCAUUGUUGGGCUUUAUUAAAGGUUCGAGGUCGGAUUUCUUUGACAUGCCUGGUAAUGCUCAUGCCGGAAUUGGGACCACUUUGGAGGGUGUGGUCAUCGGCUUUGGAGAGAUUGCAGUUGCCUUCCUGUCACUCACUCUUGACUUUUGCAUUCAUGGUCCUCGGGGGUUCACAGUUGGAGCUAUCACAUUGAAAGUAGCCACAUUCAUUUAGGGUACCUAGGUAAUAAUAUUCAGUCUACUUCUUCCA